GUGAUUUAUUUUUAGAGAAUGUCUGAUUCCGGCAUACUAAAAUUUCUUCUGCUUUGCGGAAAACUGAAACGGACUGUGAGAACUGGGUGGACACGUUACAAUAUCGAUGCACCUGAAAGCGUUUCUGAUCAUAUGUACAGGAUGGCAUUAAUGGCUAGUGUAAUUCCAAAAAAGGAUCGUGAAAAUCUGAACAUCGAUCGAUUAGUAAAAAUGGCGAUUGUACAUGAUUUAGCCGAAUGUAUUGUUGGCGAUAUUACGCCUUAUUGUGGGGUAUCGAAAGAGGAGAAACUGUCAAGAGAAACGGAUGCUAUGAAACAUUUGUGUGGGCUGAUCUCAGAGGAGAAUGGCACAGAAAUUAUGAAUCUAUGGAAGGAGUAUUCUGAACAGAAGACGCCUGAUGCUAUUAUUUGCAAAGAUUUUGACAAAUUAGAGAUGCUGUUACAAGCCUACGAAUAUGAAAGUGAGACAUGGGAACCAGGAAAAUUGGAAUCAUUUUUUGAGAAUACUCUAGGUACAUUCAAGACACAUUUAGGCCAAAAAUGGGUAGAAGAACUUUGUGCAUUACGUCGGGAUUUAUUUGUUCGCAAAGAAACAGCUGAUGGUGGUGACAAGAGCUAAAUAGCCAGAAUCUCGAGAAUAUAUAUAUAUAUAUAUCAACUUUUCUUAAUUGUAUUUUUAUAUAUCACACAUCGCAUUUGAAAUAAACGUGUCUUUAUUUA